UUUCCGGUUCUAUGGUUACCAUCACACUUUCCCCCCUUUGCCUCCAUUUGUGUUUGCAUCAAACACACACUCAAAGAAGCCAGGGAAGGUGGAGUGAGUUGACUUUUAUUUAUCCAGAAAGUUCACUUUCAUUUCCCAGUUGUAGUCCUGUUGAUAAUACUAAAUAAUAUUUAAUCCAAUAGAGGAAUCCCCACUUUGAAGAUGAAGCAUUCAUCCUUUAGUGCUGCACAGGCAUGAAUAUAUACCUUGUCAGUGGAACUUUCAUUUGAUAUGUUGUCAUAUAUAGGUCUGUUCUCUGCUUGCAUUCCUAAUUAUUUGGUUCCGUUUCAGGGCACACGACAUAUGAGAGCUAGGUGGUGGUAUUUUUAGACAGCUCAAUCCAAUCCCACGCAGCCCACAUCAUGCUAACAUGCUUGUGCAGACAGAUGGGUGUUGAUUGGUCGGCGGUCGGGCCCAGCUCUUGCAGCUGCCGUCAUCAGACGUGCAUCUUGGGGGACGCUUUGCUGACUCAACUGCCUGGAAUCCUCCACAUUCUGCACCCUGCUGCACGGUAGCCUUCCCACCAGGACAGACGUGAGAAGAAGGAAGGGAGAGGAUUAUUCUUUUCUCUGCAACAUCUCGGCUUCCAAUUGCAAGCCACCAAAAAAACCUUCCAAGGUGAUGUGAGCUUGAGGAGGAGGAGGAGGAGGAAGUGGGGAACCGCAGAGGAGCUGUCCGUCCGUCGUGGUGCUGAUGCGGCUGUGAGGCGAGCAUGGCUGCCGGGAAGUUGCUUCUCUACGCCGGGCUCUCGUUGUCUCUAUGCGCCCUGGGCAUGCUGGCGGUGGCGAUGUGCUCCGACCACUGGUACGAAACCGACGCCAGGCGGUACAAGGAGCGCUGCCAGAGCUUUUCGAGUCGCCGCAAGGACCCGGGCUUCAUCUACAUCCCCAAUAACAGCCUGCCGCUGCGGGCCAGCCGGGGCGGCGAGGAGAAGCUGCCCCUCGCCCGCAACCGGCGGCAUCUGUUCGCCAUGAGCGCCGCGGAUGAGUGCAACAGGCAGUACAACUCCACCAACAUGGGGCUGUGGAGGAAGUGCCACCGGCUGGGCUUCGACCAGGGAAUCGAAGAUCUCAUCCGGAAAGGUUCCAUUGCAAGAUGUUCCUACAUCAAGUACCACUACUCCUCGGCCACAAUACCCAAAAACCUCUCGUACAACAUCACCAAGACAAUAAGACAGGAUGAGUGGCACUCUCUCCAUUUGCGGCGAAUGACGGCCGGGUUCAUGGGCAUGGCCGUGGCCAUCAUCUUGUUCGGGUGGAUCAUCGGCGUGCUGGGCUGCUGCUGGGACCGAGGACUCAUGCAAUACGUGGCCGGACUGCUUUUCCUCAUGGGAGGCACCUUCUGCAUCAUCUCCCUGUGCACCUGCGUCGCCGGCAUCAACUUUGAACUGUCCCGUUACCCGCGUUACCUGUACGGUCUGCCGGACGACAUCGGCCACGGCUACGGCUGGUCCAUGUUCUGCGCCUGGGGAGGACUCGGCCUCACCCUCAUCGCCGGGUUCUUCUGCACGCUGGCGCCCUCCGUGCAGCCGAUACCUCGCUCCACCUGCCCCAAGUCUCGACAGGAGAACGGCACCGUGUGCUAAAUGGUGAAAGGACGGACAAGAAGAGGAAAACGACUGUUCCAUUUUUUCCAUCCAUCACUUUCAUCGCCAAUCUCUCCAGAUUUUUUUCAUUUCAUUUCUGUGUUUUGGGUGUUUGAUAAUCUGCUAUAUUGAAAAAAAUAAGAGAAAAACUGGCAAACUACAGAAAUAUAAUCAGAAAAAUACCAAGUUGUGCUUGUUUUAUUGUUGUGGAACUGGCACGGAAAGGAACGGACAUUCCUCAUUGAUAUCGGAUAUGGGAUAUCGCUGUGAAGCUAAAACUUUAUGGUGGACAUUGGACUGGGACUCGGCCUCUUGUGACUGUGGACUACAAAAAUCAAAAUAUGGAAUUGACUUGUGGAUUUGGCCUCUUGGGAUAUUUCUUCAAGGAAUGGACCCAACAGAGGAAAGGAUCCAACUCCUUAUCCAAAGUCCUUCCUCACUUUGGAAUAAGUGAAGUGGAAGGAUAUCCCGGACCCAUGUGCUUGUAUCAUACUGUACAGAAUAUUCCAGAGACAGCAGGAAGUAUCAUUUCAUCCAAUUUUAGAUGCAAUCAAUCUGACGAUCCCAUAGUUUAUCAUUUUUUACAUCAAUUUCCUUUAUAACGAAGCCAUUGACAUUAUUACUGCUAUGUUUUCCCAUUCUUGUCAUUCAUGUAAAUGUACGUAUGAAGUGUGUUUGUGUGUGAUGCAGGGAUUGUUCUGCAGAAAAAAAAAAGAUCAUAAUGUGCAAAAUGGAACCCAAGAUUUGGGCGUGGGAAGAUUUGAUAAUGGUUCGAUGCAGUAUCCUGUUUAGUCCGUUACUAAAAUAGGAAGUCAGUCAGUUUGGAGUGGAAGGAUGGACAUAGUUAGUAUCAAAGCACAAAGUCAUGCACCAUCGAUAUACGUACGUCUAAACCAGGACGGCCAAGAUGUCUAAAUGGAGACCAAAAGAGUCGACUCUUGGACUACAUUUGUCCAAUCACGCACCCUACUGUGUUGACCGUGUUGCAAGGUUGGUUAAAAAACAAUGGCCGCCAUUAAACAUAUUUGCAAGGGCAUGGCGGAGACUUGGAAACAAAUUGGGAGAUGUUAUGUAUUUAUAACCACCAUAACAGGAAAUAAUACUACAUUAACAAUACAUACAACACAUUAGUUCCAGGAACUAAAAAGUAAGGAACUAAGUCAACUUUUCUGAUUUAAAGGGGAACCUUUACAGAUUAUUUUUGUUUUUUUUAUUGGAUUUUGAAGGAUUAACCUACUUUAUCACCCGUUCUGUUUGUGACUUUAUGCAGACAGAUGUUAAAAUUACAGUAAUACCGCCUCAUACGUUGUGGUUAUGUCUUUUUAAAACCUGCUUUGACCUUUAUGGGAAGGACUUGGUGCCUCGGUAAGCCAUUAAAACACCAGUUGAUCACAUUCACUAGGAUUUGGACACAUAUUUCUUUUUACAGUAAAAGUAAAAUAGUAACAUAUCUUGACCAAGACCAAGGACUGCAAUAUUCAUUUUUUAUUCAAGAACUUUAUUAUUGUUAUAGUAUUAUUAUUAUUAUUAUCAUGAGGAUUUUGAACAAAUUCAAUCAUUUUAUGAUUAUUUUUUUCCGGGCCCCCGUCAUUAUUAUGACAUUGAAGCGCUUGUUGGUGUCAGUCCAAUGGAACUCUUUUAAGUAGACACCAUUUAUGUCAACAACCCGUCCACGUCCACCAACUCGAAAAAAAAGUGCCUGCUUAAGUCCAUGCUAACCUACACGGUCAACCGUUUUUGUUGACUUCAGAUAUGUCAAAAUCCAUAAAAAGCAAACCAUAACAGGAAAGCCACUGCCACUGUACCUUCAUAGCUUAUUCAGCAUUGGACCAGAGGUCCUUAGGUCUUUGGCGGUGGACCACCAACCAGUUUAUGUGGACAGGAGUCAGCCCAAACUGAUGGAUGUCUUCUUAAACGUGUUCCACUGUGCAAACGGUUUCUGAUCUCAGUGGAUCUUCCAGAGUUUUUGUAUAUUUGAUGUUCCCUUGGAUUUGCUGCUAAGGCAAUUGAGCAUGAAAUGGCUUUACCCUACCGGACAUCAGGGCUGCGCUGCUUACAUUUUCCUUGACAAAGGAAAGGAUUCAGCACAGCGUAGGACAGGAAGUGUGAGUGGCCUAAAAACAAAACUAAAAGUAAAAGUUUAAUUGCAGCAUCAGUGAGGCCAAAAUGGAGAAUGAUAUGGAAACAUCCACUUACAAUAAAUCUAUCAAACCGCUGCAGACCUUGGCUACUAAAUAUUCCUGGAAUGCAUCAACUGAGUAGAUAGAACACGAAGCGCAGACGUCAACCAAAGCCUGAAUCUUUGCACAACGUUUCCACAUCAUGACUUUUAGUUUAGCACGCCAUCUGGCAAAAUGCAUUGAAAAGCACACAGGUACGAAAACUAUGUCAUGCGAUGGAGGGCCCGGACAAUUAUUAAAAAAGCAGUAAUUCCAGCCUUAUCUGAGGUACUUGAAAGCAUCAUUCCUUUUUUUUAUGUGUUGAAAAGUGACAGUGAUACUGCAGCUUCCAUUGUGGACUGAAGCAAACGUGAUCUAUCGACCUUUAACAUCCGUAAAGUGUCUGUUAAGUAAACGUAAAAUAGGAUUUACAAAACAAAAAAAGAAAACAUGGAAAUGUUCAACUGAAUGUAAAAAUCACAACAGAAUAAAUAUCAUCUGUGUGUUUACAAAUACUGUCCGUUGUCGUCCAUGUUGAUCAAAAAAGGCUGCUUGUUACAUACAAUGGGGGAAAUAAGUAUUUGACCCCCCCCCCCCCCCAAGACUAGUUUGUAUUUGCACGCAGUUUAUCUCCCCAGAUAAUCUCCAAAUAUUGUAUGUUUUGAGGCUGUCGCUUGGCAACUUGAAGCUCCCUCCUUGGAUUUUCUGUGGAAUUAUGGUGCCACUUUUUUUCCUUUCUCAUUUGUUGCCUUGGUCAUGUUGAGGCUGGAAGACGGAAGAGGUUCCCAUCCAAGAGUCACCAAUACAGGACCCUCUCCAGGUCUUCCUGUGAGAUAAAGAACCCAAAGCAGAAACUCUCCAGCCCGUGUUUGACAGUAGAGUUGUCGGUCUCGUCGUCAGCGGUUGUCAAGUUUGGCGUCAUGUGACCACGUCACGUUCUUCUAACCCUCGUCUGAAUCAUUCAUGUGUUCAUUGGCAAAGCGAUAAGCCUGCACGGGGACCUGGGGGGGCACAGCCGCAUCUCAAUCCAUUACAGCAAAGUGUAUUGCUAAUGCUUGUCUUGGGGACUGUGGUCCAAAGGUUUUCCCUCCCCCCCCCCGGACUGUAAUACAAUGACGCAUCUGAGUUUGUAGUCUUCAUCAAGAAGUGUUUAAGACGAUACCCAUGCAGAGAUGGCAUAGAUGACUGACAGCGCCUAAUUAAUGUGUUGCCAGUUGCACCCUAAUACGAGUAUGACUAAGCUGUGUAGCUGUAAUCAUUCCGAGCCCGGACUAAUGAGGUUCUGCAGACAGCCGGCCUCACGAGGACCACAGCUUUUCCUGUUACCAUGGCUCUAUGAAUAAUAAAUAGGAAUUGACAGCAUGAUUGCUGGUUGACUCACUAAGCUCCACCGUUAGCUUUCUGUAAAAUGCAACAAGGAAAUGUUGGGAAAAGACAUCGUUUAUCCCUCAUCUUGGGAUCGGAUGCGUAGCCAAGUGGAAGACACGUGGAGGACAAUUGAGCACAAAUGCAACAUAUUCCAAAAAUUUUUUUUUUUACAUUUAGGCUCCAGCAACCCCACAACACUUGUGAGAAUAAGCGGUAGAAAAUGAAUGAAUGAAUGAAUUUUCCAAGAUCAUUGGAUGAUUUUGCCUUUAAUUAGUUGAUCAUGAUGUCAAUUCGAAAAAAUAUUCAUAUCAACAAUUUUAUUUAUUAACAAUUUAACAAUAUAUAAAUAAAGUAAUUGAUACGCCUCUAAAAAUGUAGAUUUGUAACACACAACUCGCUCCUGGUAUUCCCGCUGGGUUCCCGGCUAGCUGUUUACCUGAGCCACGUCUACGUAAUCCAUACUCUAAUUCCAGUAAUAACGACAUGUAUAAUAACGCAUGUUCACCUCACUGCAAAUUUUAGGGAAAGAUUGUUCUAUGUAAGUUUUGUCUAAUAGCAACUAUGGUGCGUUCAAGAACUGCUCAUGUGGGGCUUUGGUACAUGUAUACGCUACAUUUUACUUGUAAUAUCAGGCAUUUGGAAAUGAUUACCAACCUCUUGAAUUAUAUCCAUUCAUUCAUUUUCUACCGCGUCCUCUAACACCAUGUCUACCAUGUCUACCAUGUCUACCAUGUCUACCAUGUCUACCAUGUCUUCUAGUCAUAUGCCCAUUUGUUUCCCUGUCACCCGGCCUGAGACUCUGCUAUUCUUUGUCUUCUAACAGUAAGCUUUCAUGGCGCCCUUUGCCAGUUCAAGACCAAGCUCAGCCGGUGCCUGCUGCUCUCUCCUUUGUUGGCUUUGUUGUACUUCGUGAGACUCCCAUUAA